AUGAACGUUGUGCCCUGUGCCCGCUGUGGAUAUGGGGUGUACCCGGCGGAGAAGAUUAACUGCAUCGACCAGAUCUGGCACAAGGCGUGCUUCCACUGUGAAGUCUGCAAAAUGAUCCUGACCGUCAACAACUUUGUCAGUCACCAGAAGAAGCCAUAUUGCCAGGCGCACAACCCCAAAAAAUAACACAUUUACCAGUGUGUAUGAAACCCCCGUCAACAUGCAUGUGAAGAAACAGUCGGAGGCCGUUAGUGAGAUUAAAUAUCGGGAAGAAGGUGAGCGCUAUAAAUCGGUUUUCAACUGGGAUAUGAAGUCUAGCGUACAUGAACAGGGCUACAGCAUGGAGAAGAUGAAAGCCUAUGAAGAAGGAAAAUCCUGGUUCUCCGAUAUUGACCCAGACAUGGUUCACAUUGAGCAGGCUCAGAAGAAACUAAACGAUGUACAAUACACAGAAGAGUUUGAGGAACAGACAGGAAAAGGAAGCUUCCCGGCCAUGAUCACUCCGGCUUACCAGACUGCCAGAAAGGCUGCUCACCUAGCCAGCAAUGUGGAGUACAAGCGCGGUCAUGAGGAACGCAUCUCUCAGUACAGCAGUGUAGUGGACACCAAAGAUAUUUUGCAUGCCAAGGCCAGUGGACAAAACAUGAGCGAUGUGAAAUACACAGAAGAUUAUGAAGAGCAGCGGGGAAAAGGCAGCUUCCCGGCAAUGAUUACACCCGGCUACCAGAUUGCCAAGAAAGCCACUGAGCUAGCCAGUGAUGUGAAAUAUCACCAGCGAUAUCACAGGGAGAUGAAGGGAAAAGCGAGCGCGACAGAUGUGGCGUUUACUAAACAAACUGCAGAUGAGCUGAGCCAGGAAUAUGACGAGGAGCAAGAGGAGUACAGAGGGAAGGGCAGUUUCCCAGCGAUGAUCACCCCUGCCUACCUCAAUGCCAAAAAGGCCAACGAGAUGAUCAGCGAUAUUAAAUAUAAGAAGGAUCUCUCCAAGAUGAAAGGGGCGGCCCACUACCACACUCUGACCACUGAUGACAACCUGACCCUGAAGCAAGCUCAAAAUGUGAACAAACUGGUCAGCGAGGUGGGAUACAAGAAGGACCUGGAGCACAGUAAAGGACAUAGCAUAAACUACUGUGAGACCCCCCAGUUCCAGAAUGUUAACAGGCUCUCCAAGUACACCAGCGAUCUGAAGUAUAAGGAAAAGUACCAGACUCAGAUGAAGGGUCACUAUGAUGGCGUGGGGAUGGACCAGCGCAUGAUACAUGCCAUGAAGGCUGGGAAUCUUGCCAGCAACUUGUCCUAUAAGUCAGACAAGGAUGACAUCACUGACGGUGAAUAUUAUUACCCAGCUACGCUCACCCCAUCUUACCAGACCACCAAGAAGCUGGAGCCAUUGAAGGAUGUACACUACCGUCAGAGCAUCGACAAGUUGAAGUACAGCUCUGUAACGGAUACACCGGAGAUUGUGCAGGCCAAGGUCAAUGCCCAGCAGCUGAGCGACUUGAAUUAUAGAGCAGAGUAUGAAAAAUCCAAAAUGCAUUAUACACUUCCUCAGGAUGUACCGGAAAUAAAAAAAGCAAAAGCCAACGCUGAACUUUACAGUGAGAACAAGUACAAGGAAGAAUGGCAGAAGACUAAAGGUCAGAAGUUCGAGAUGAAAAUGGAUUCUCUGUCCAUCGCCUCUGCCAAAGCUUCAGGAGACCUUGCAAGUGAUAUCAAAUACAAAGAAGAAUAUGAAAAAAGUAAGGGCAAAGCAGCGGCAACCAGUGACUCCAGACUCCUUCACUCCAUGCAAGUCGGGAAACUGAGUAGCGAGAUAUCCUACAAGAAAGGCUUUGAGGAGAGUAAGGCUCAGUUCCACCUACCGAUGGACAUGGUCAACAUCACUCAUGCCAAGAAGGCCCAAUCACUUGCUAGUGAACUGGAUUAUCGCACUAAACUACAUGAGUACACCAUACUUCCUGAGGACAUGAAAGUGACAUGGGCCAAGAAAGCUUAUGACCUACAAAGUGAGCGUCAAUACAAAUCUGAUCUGACGUGGAUGAAAGGAGUCGGAUGGAUGACAGAGGGAAGUGUAAACGUGGAACAGGCUAAGAAGGCUGGGGAACUCGUUAGUGAGAAGUCAUACAGGCAGCUGCCAUCGGCGCUGAAGUUCACCAGCAUCCAGGAUACACCAGAGAUGAUUCAAGCCCGAACCAGCUACAAUCAGGCAGUGGAUAGCAAAUACAAAGAGCAGGGGGAGAACAUCAAGCACAGAUAUACCUCCACUGCUGAGCUUCCUGAACUUCUGCAAGCAAAACUCAAUGCUCUGAACAUUAGCGAGACACGCUACAAGGAGUCAUGGGGCCGUCUGAGGGAUGGAGGAUACAAGCUGAAGCUGGAUGCAAUCCCCUUCCAGGCUGCAAAGGCAUCUGGGGAAAUAAUUAGUGAAUAUAAAUAUAAGGCGGACUUUGAAAAGUCUAAAGGAAAAAUGAUUGGUCUUCGGAGAUUGGAGGAUGACUUGAACCUUUCACACUCUGUCCAUACCUCUUCUCUGCUCAGUGAGGUUCAGUACAAGAAAGGCUUUGAGGAGAGCCGCUCUCAGUUCCACCUACCAAUGGACAUGGUGAAUUUGGUGCACGCUAGGAAGGCUCAAGCUUUGGCCAGCAAUCAGGAUUACAGGCAUCUGCUCCACCAUUACACAGCGCUGUCCGAUGACCUGCGGUUGCUGACUGCUAAGAGAGCCUACGAGCUGCAGAGUGAGAACCGGUACCGGUCUGACCUGAACUUUAUGAGAGGUGUGGGCUGCAUCAUCCCAGGAGCUCUGGACAUUGAGGAAAAGAAGAGGGCAUCCGACCUGAUUAGCGAGACCAAAUACCGACAACAGCCCUAUCAGCUGAAAUAUACGACAAUCACUGACUCUGUGGACCUUCUGCAUGCCAAGUUUAGCAACAAGAUCACCAAUGAGCGACUCUACAAAGCAGCCGGCGAAGACAUUCUUCAUCAUUACACCACCAUUUUGGAAUUACCGGAACAUGUCCGUGCCAAACUCAAUGCCGCCAAUCUCAGUGAUAUAAAAUAUCGGGAAUCCUGGCUCAAUGCGAGGGCCCAGGGCCACAAGCUGACCAUGGAUGCGCUCCAGUUCCAGACUGCCAAGUCCUCAGGAAAAAUCGCUAGUGAUUACACAUACAAACAUGAAUAUAUCUCGGAGAAAGGAAAGCUCAUUGGGUCUCGGAGCAUUCUGGAUGACCCCAAGAUGCUGCAUUGCCUUCGUGUCGCCAAGUUGCAAAGUGAGCGCCAGUAUAAACUGGAUUCCCAGCAGCUUCACUCGCAGUACCACCUUCCCUCUGACAUGUUGGACCUGGUCCAUGCAAAGAGAGCUCAGGCACUGGCCAGUGACCAGGACUACAAGGUGCUUCUCCACCAUUACACAGCCGAACCAGAGGAUAUGAAGCUCCAGUGGGCCAGGAGGGCUCACCAACUGCAGAGUGAGACUCGCUACAAAUCGGACUUAAACUUUAUGAGGGGAGUCGGCUGGGAGGCAGCGGGGUCUCCACAGAUCGAGGGCGCCAAGAAGGCCGGAGAGCUCAUCAGUGAGACCAAAUACCGUCAGAGCCCGGGCUCCAUUGGGUUCACCACAGUGACCGACUCUCCUGAACUGCUUCAUGCAAAGAACAGCUACCUCCAAUGCAGCGAUAGAUUGUAUAAAUCCGGAGAUCAGGAAUCUCUGCACCAGUACACACUACCUCCAGAUCACCCUGACUUUAUACGGGCCCGAAUCAACGCAUCGCUAAUAAGUGACAAAGCCUACAGGACGCUAUGGGAGCAGUCCCGGGCAGCCGGUUAUGACCUGAGACUGGACGCCAUUCCCUUCCAAACCGCCAAAGCCUCUCGAGAGAUCGCCAGUGAUUUCCGUUACAAAGAAGCCUUCGUCAAGGAGAGAGGACAUCAGAUCGGUUUCCGCAGCAUUACUGAUGAUCCCAAGACGCAGCACGUGAUGAAGGUCAGCAAACUUCAGAGCGACCGCGAGUACAAGAAGCUCUCGGAGGAGACCAGGUCGCAGGUCCACACACACCUGGACCAACCGGGAUUCAUCCAGGCCAAAAAGAGCCAGCAGCAAGCCAGCAAUGUCAACUAUCGCCAGCACCUCCACCAGUACACGUGCGACCCGCAGCAGCUCACGCUAAAGCACGCCAAGCAGGCGCACAGUCUGCAGAGCGAUGUAAAAUACAAGUCCGAUCUAAACUGGAUGAAGGGUGUGGGCUGGACCCCUCCUGGGUAUUACAAGGUGGAACUUGCCCGCCGAGCAGCAGAAUUGGCGAAUGCUCAGGACGGGGAGGCGCCAUUCUCUUCAGAGGUACAUGAUGAACGAGAUUCGCAGUCCCCCCAGCAGAGCGGUGUAAACCUUGACGCAUCAGAAAUCUUACAUGUGAAGCGACGAAAAGCUGUACCAAUAAGAAAAUAA